AACUGAUUUCAGUUUCCGUUUUGGAAAGAUCUAAUACGGAGAAGUUUAAGUUAAGUUAAUUUUAUCAAAUUAAAAUUUCCUUGUGGUUAAGCAUGGAUCUUAGCUUUGACGGAAACACGGACGGACCUGGGUUUGUUGGUAUUAGAUUUUGUAAAGAAUGCAAUAACAUGCUCUACCCUAAAGAAGAUAAGGAGAAUAAAACAUUGCUGUAUGCUUGUCGAAAUUGUGAUUAUCAACAGGUAGCUGACAACCGAUGUAUUUAUGUGAACAAGAUCAUGCACGAAGUUGAUGAACUGACCCAGAUAGUAGGGGAUGUGGUGGCAGACCCAACACUUCCUCGCACAGAAAAUUACACCUGCAAAAAAUGUGGACACAAGGAGGCGGUGUUCUUUCAGUCACACAGCACGAAGGCUGAGGAAGGAAUGCGCUUGUAUUAUGUUUGUACCAACAACCAGUGCUGCCACAGAUGGACAGAAUGAUCUUGGCCAAUAAGACGAGUAAUCACCACAAACAAUGAUUGUCAAGUUUCAAGAACUAUUGUUAAACAUGCGACAGGAAAAAAACAAGUGAUGGCCGUUAUGUGAAGAUUCAAAUCAAUCACCAGUAUACAAGGUUAUUAGAAUCUAAUAAUCCAAGAUGAAGUAUAAAUAUUUACAUUGUGAAUAUGUUCAUUUCUUUUGCUAGGUGUGAGGAACAAAUUAUUUGUUUUUAAUGUUGAGAGCGAAAGGAAAGCAGACAUUAUCUUGUUUUUGAAAUGCCUACAGAUUCACCUGUGGUGGAGAUUAUACCAGUGUGCCACCAGUCUGUUUUGAAGACACAACUUUGCAUGUAUUGAGACAUUUUUGUUCAUGUUGCCUCCUUUGAUCAAAGUCCAUGAAUGGGAAAUAAAAACUGUUGUGUAAA